AUGCCAUUUGCUCCCUUUGCAAACUUCGAAGGCUCUUUCGUAGAACCUCCCGUUCUGAAACCACUUCUUUAUACUCGUCUUCCUUCAGAGAUAAUCGUAAUUGUGUCAUGGCUGACGAAGAUUGAUUUGAUGAUUCGUGAUCCCCUUGAAAUCCGGAACAAAGUUGGGUUUGCGGGCAUGACUGGGAAGACCCAGAGUCUCCUGAUACAGCCUCGCAUGCACGAGCACCCCAAGCCCUCCGUCGCUUCUCCUCUCCUUGACCAGGCAUUGCACCACACUCGGCCCUACGCAAUAUACCUAGUCUCCAGUGGGUCUGACUCCAAGCACGGUCUGCCUCCUGGUCUGCCUCAGCUGCGGGCAGACUGCGAGGGGACGAGGGCCUUGGGUCAAACACAGAAGAAAUGCGGCGAGGAGGGAGCAUGGAGAGCUCAGUGGAGCCCCCAUGACUACACCACCAAUGUCAGCAAUGAAGAGUCAAAAACUUGUGCUGGAAGAUUCACUCGAGUUUCCAUUCUUCGAAUUCCAACAGAAGCACUUCUCCCGGGGCGACUCAGCAUGUUGACGUCAUUUCAUUCCAAAGAGAUCGAGAGACUGCAGCAAUCAGAUCGAUUGAUCCUCGAAAACAAGAAACUUCGAAGAGAGUUAGAAGCGGAGGGAGAACUCAAGGAAUCUUAUUUCAAAGAAGCUGUUGGCGCCAGACGAAACGUGCACGAGACAGUCCAACUGCUGGAAUCAGAAGCAAGGGUCAAAUUCGCUGGGAAAAAGAUAAUGAGAUACACCAAGAAAAUGUCAGGAAUGCAAGGAAAUAUGUGUGAUUUGGAUGCCAAAUGUGAUGAGUUGUCAGCAAUUCAAGAGAAGUUGAGCUUCACUACGCAAAUGUUGGAGAAAGAGCGACAAGAAAAACAGGAUCUCAUCAUAAAUUGCGAAACUUUGAAGAACACUAUUGAAGUCGAUUGGAAGACGGCCAUGAGAGAAAAUGAAACUAUCAAAUUGCAGCUUCGAGAUGACAUUUCCAGGAUCAAAGCAUCGAAUCAAAAGAAUAUUGAUGAGAUGAACAACAGACAUGAUGAGACCAUCGAAUCCCUGACGAGAAUGCAUAGAGACGUCGUGUCGGUUCUCAAGAAUGAUAUUGAAUCAAUCACCCAAUCAAGGGAUUACUACAAGCAUGGUGAGCUUACAAGGAUGACCAAGCAACUUCAAGCUAAGUACGUUUCUUAUGCUCUGUUUCAUCAAUCAUCCUUGCUUGACUACUGA